AAGAUUUUGGGGAUAAUCGCCGUCAUUGUGAUGUUAGCAAUGGAGGACUGAAAAAGUUUAUCAAAAUAUUUUGAUAAUUUAUUAUGUUUUGAGUUCAUACGUUAAGAAUGUUUGUACAAGAAAAUUGGAGACUGAAACUUGGUUGAAUGGUGUAAAGGAUAAAAAUGUCUGUAUAUAAAAAAAUAAAGAUGUUGUCUGUUCAAGACAACAAUCAGUUGAUAGAGAAUGUGGAGCAAUUAGGAAAGCAGGAUGUGAGAGUAAAAGGAAGAAAAUUGACGAGGGCUGAGAAAUCAAGGAUUGCAGCUCAGGGCAGGCGAGACAAAGAGGCAGAGGAAAUGACUAGUCUGAUAGAAUUACUUCCCUUUGAAAAAUCCACUUUGCAGAAAAUGGACAAGAAUUCUCUGCUGGAGCUAAUUUUGAACUACUUACAAAUGAAGCAGUAUAUCGAGAAGGAAAUGGCUACUUUGUCCCUGAAGGAUUCAGAGCCAGAGGACAAGGAGAAGUCCCCAGUGCCAGUAGUGAAGAAGAAUGGGACCCACCACAUUGUUCUGAAUGGUGUGGAACAGUUUAAGGUGGAAGAGAGUCAGCUGAUGCUGGAAGCCAUGAAUGGAUUCCUGUUGUUACUAGAUCGUAAGAAAAAGAUUCUUUAUGUGUCCGAUGGAGUGGCUGCUCAUUUAGGGAUUGAUCAGGCUUUCCUUCUUGGUAAGAAGGUGACUAACUUGAUCCACCCCAGUGACAUCCCAGAGUUAAAGAAACAGUUCAACCUCAAACCCUGUGAAAUGCAUUGUUCUUGCCAGAUCAACCAGGAGAAUAGUGAGAAACAUGUCCCACAUCUUGAUGAUAACCGAGUAUUCUACCUCAGAAUGAAGUGUGUCAUGAAGAAGAAUGGUGUAAGGACAAAACAGUCAGGAUUUGUGUUAAUGCAGUGUUCAGGACGACUAAAGAUGCGAGCCACGUCUAGUCGAUCCAACAGUUACUCUAUAGACGGUCUGAUUUGUAUUUGUCGUCCAAUGCAAACCAAUUCCAUCAUGGAAAUUAAACUAGAUGGCAGCAUGUUCAUCAGUCGUCAUGACCUGGGCAUGAAGUUUACAUUUUGUGAUCCAAGGAUUGCUACAUUGAUUGGAUAUGAUCCAGAGGAAGUAAUUGGGAAGACAGCCUAUCAGUUCCAUAAUCCACUUGAUGCUAGACUCGUGGGAGAUUGUCACCAGAAGUUGAUUGUAAAAGGAACUUCAGUAAGCAAAUAUUAUCGCUUCAUUGGGAAAAAUUGUGAGUGGGUUUGGAUGCAAACCAGAGCAACUAUUAUAUACAAUACAAGUAAUGUGCCACAGUACAUUGUCUGCAUGAAUUACAUAAUCAGUGAAGAAGAAGGGGAGCAAUUCCUCAGAAUGCAGCAGGGUAACAUUCUCCAGAGCCUGGAUGGACACCAAGCCAUCGAGCCAACCAAAGUUCACAAGAUGGAUGACCAUCACAGUGACAUUGGAUACUGGAGUGGAAAUAGUCCAUACUCCAGCCAUCAUCCAAGUCCAGGCUCCACGGAUGGGCAGAGAGCAGAGUCUCCGGAAACCAUGCCGUCUGGUAACGAGUUUCCAACAGGAGUGUUCCAGCAGGUCGUGAAUACUAUUGACUCAGAGUGCAGUCGUCCUGAUGAAGUGAUGAAAAUAUUAGAAGAGAUCGAGAAAGAAGGACAGAAGCACUCAGCCAGCCAGGUCUCAUGUCCAAAAUCAUACAAUCAAAUGGACACAGAUUCAUCGUCCAAUCAGAUUUCACAAUAUCAAAAUCUUGUGGACAGUAAUUCUCAGCCUGUGAGAAAUGACACCUUAAAUAACUUUCAAACAACUUCAGAGUCUAGUGGAUUUUGUGACAACAGUGCUGGAGUUCCAAUCCAAGCUCUUCUCAAUGUCCAGAUUGCUGCCCUUAACUCCUCAGACUUUGUCCAAAAUAGUGCUGUAUCGGAAGCAUUGCCUCAGGAAAUAACUGAUUUCUGUAUGCAGUACUGUAAUUCCGUGAUGGAUCAGCACACCCAACAGGUUCUUUCUGAACUUGGACACAAUAACUUUGUGGCAGACUUUGAACAGUUUAAUAAUGAAAGUGAAGUGAAUGGUAUCAACCGCUGUGGCAUGAAUUUGAAUACUGCUGAAACAAUGAGUGGACAGAUACCUGUGUCAGACACUGGCACCAUGAUGAAGAUGCCACAGACAGUAGCCCCAUCAGUAGCUUCACCACAGUACCCCCUACAAGUGGAUUCACACAUUGCAUUGCCAAGUACAACUGCUGCCCCCUACCAAUACCCCCUAUCCACUGAUUCCUGGAUAGCCUCUCCUCCCUCAUAUGUCUCUCACCAGUCCCCAAUGUCGUCUGCCUGUUCACCAUUAUCAUCUGUUUGUUCUCCCAUGUCUGCAACAUCACCAUACCCUUGCAGUCCCCAUGUACCAGAAGUUGCAAGCUUUAUGAACCCAGAAGUUACCACUGCACCUUCCAACAUUCCUUUUACAAAUUCCAACUUGAUGUCCACUCCAGCUAAUGGCUUGAUGUCCCCAAACUCUUACAUGGGUCAACCUUUACCAUCUCUCAUGAACACCAGCAGAGAGAACUCUCCAACAACUCAAAGGCAUACAAGGGAUUCAAAUAUGACUGAGCUAGAAAAAGUGCUCCGUGGUUGUUCCACAAAUGCAAGUAUUUUUACACCCAAAAACAGUGAUAAGGAGUCCCAGAAUUCUACACUCUUGCAAAAGAUGCUUACAGGUCAGUUAACGGGAGAGUCCUACCGUGCAAUGGAGAGACAAAGGAAGAAGUCACUUAAUUACCAAUCAUAAUUAAAGUAAUCAUCUUUGUUCAUUAACUUGGACUUUGUGUGGGUUAAUGCAUGUGUUCAGUGACAUUCUUAACUUUAAUAAGUUAUACUUUAAAUACUUAUGUAUUUUUUUAACAUUCUGUUUUUGAUAAUUAUUAUAUAUGAUUAUAUAAUAUGAUUAUUGUUUAGAUACAUUUUUUGCAGAAAACUUUGAAGGGGGUGGGUACUUUUAUUUUUGAGAGAAUUUUGCCUUCAUUAUUAAAGAAAGAGAUGAAUAGAAUCUUUUGUAUUUGCAAAGAGUUCUUGUAUGUGUUUUUUUUAAUGGUUUGGUUUGUAUGUUUCAAAAUUUUCGUUACAGAUUUUUUAAAAUUUUAAAUGAUGAUAUAAAUGAAUUUCAUAUAAAUUUAGCACUUGAAGUUAAUGCUGUAUGUGCACUUAUUUUUAGUAUUUCUGCAAUGCUUUCUACACUUUAUGGAAAGAUGCUGCUAAUUCAUGAUUUGGUCUGGGCUGUAGCACUAAAGUUUGGUUUAUAAAAUAAAAUGCACAAAACAGUAUUUAAAUUAAUUUGUCAAUAGAACAGAUUGCCUUGCACUUUCAGGUAUUAUUAGAAAUGUUUCCAAAAGAAAAAGAAAUAAUGUUGAUGGCUUUGUAAUUGCUCUUACACUGUAAAUAAUGCUCAUUUUGGACAUUCCUACUUUAGUGGUCUCCCCUGCUUCAGAGGUUUUCCUUAACAUCAUGCAUGUUUAAUGAUCUCAGUUCUUGUAAGAUGAGUUUAUAGUCCUUUUCAUUAUUAUUUUUUUUAGAUCUGUCUAUACAGCUUUCACUCAAGACAAUUCCAAUAUACUUUCAUAUGGAAUUAAACAUUUGAACACUAUGUGUCCUGAAAACUUUUAAUUAACAUGUAAAACUACAUGUUUAUUUCAUGACUUGUAUAAUCAGCCUGUGAUUUUUGUUCCAUACUUUUAUGGCACAAAUUAAAUUGUUGAUAUAUUUGUUACUGUCCAAAUUUAUAUAAUCACAUAGAUCAUUGCAUCAGGCAUAUUUUCAUUUAUCUUAUUCACUCAUAUGAUAUUAUAAGUUGUAUUCAUUGACCAUAGAUAUUCACUUGUGAAACAUAUCUUUAUUCAUUUAUUUAUCAUAAUGUUUAAUCAUGUUAUACUAAAAGGAACAUUGUUAGAGUUCACUGGAGAUUAAUGAAGAAACAUUUGACACACACAAAAUUUGAUGUACAGCCAGGAAAAGCAAUAACUUAAAUUUGUUUCUUAUUAAAACCAUAUACAUUUACUAACUGUCUGUUUUUAGUAGACAGGAAAAAAGCAAUGUUUUUGGGUUGUCCUGAAUUAAAUUACAUUGUAGCUAAUUUGUAUGUUUGAAGGGAAUAAAUUUAGGUUGUUUCAGUGUUUUAAAGAAUUGAAAGGUGAUACUGUUAAAAAAAUUAAUUUGAAGUGCGAGUGUGUACUGUGAAAUCAUUAGUCUUUGUGAGGGUUUAGUUUUCAAAGUGUAAUGAGACCCAUGAAGUCAUAUCUUCCACCAAUUUUAAAUAUAUGACAAUUCUGCACUUUUUCAUCCACAAAACAAAACCAUUUGAACCAAUUUUCCCCCAUAAUUUAUGAAAAUUUGACACUACGACAAUUCAUGAAUAUGUGAUUUUACAAUAUACAAGGGGGUGAUAUGGUUGGAACUUGUAAAAUUUCCUUUGAUUGUAAUUCCAGGUACAUGGAUGAAAAACAUCCCUGGGGGUAGUAUUGAGUAGUAAAAGCUUUGAGGGACAGUAUACAUUUUCAAGCAGAAGUUCUGUGAUUUAUUUGGCUGUGCUAUUGUUUUACCACUUUGUUGUUGAUUCCACUCAGUUGACACUUUUCUACAUUCUGUUUUGAGACCACCACGCUGUUUUUGUACUGUGUGCUGGAUAGUAAUAUUUUAUUUACAUGUUUCAUAUUUAUCAUUGUAUAUUUUUACAUAUUAUAAUCUGACAUGUUUAUAUUCAUAUGCAAAACUCUCUUCAGAAAAACUGUAUUUUUAGACUGACAUAUUAUUUUUGUAAUACAUUCAGUAUGUAUAGUGCAUAUAUAUAUUUCCCCAUUAAUAGAUUACCAGUAGAUUAAUCUAACAUGCUUGACGGUUAUCAUGAUAUUUUUUUAAAUGAUUAUUUUCUAAGGGUUUGAACAAUUUUUAAAAAAGAGCGUGUUUCUUGUGCAAGUUUUCUUUUCAAUCUUGCAGAAAAAAAGUUACAUGUACGUUUAACAAUUUUUCUAAAUUUUGAAUAUUUUUUUUUUUACAUUUAUUGUGGAAUUACAUAAAUUUUGUAAACAAGGCAUGUACUGCAAUACCUCUUCUGUUCAUUCAACAUAACCAUCUGAAAAUUUUAUCUUGUGGACUGUUCCUGAUUCAUUUUUAUUUCUUUGUUCUGUGUGUUUGACUUAAGUUAGGUUAACAGUCUCUUUAAUUUUUGGAUUAAUACUUUACUGGUUUUGGUUGUAUUAAGACUGAUUUCUUUUGAAUAUCUGCUGGACAGAUUUCAGAUUAAAUAAUUUUGAUUGCAAAACUUUGCACCUGUUAAACUGAUAAAUUUCCAGAAAAGACUGCAAAACAGACCCCCUCCCCCCAAAUUUGAAUUUUUCCUCAAACUAUACUGAGUUUUUCCAGAUAUGGAUAAAGGAUUAUUAGGGGACAAUCAAAACCAUGUCAGUUAAUAAGAACGUCUUUUGCUGGUUCAGUGCCUCCCCUCUGGUAUGGGUUGUAUCUUCAUGGUUAGUGCUUGGUUUCAUAUCCCACACCUUUUUGUUGCUCAAGCUAGCUUAUUUUGAAUUAUUUAUGACAAUCAGUUGGUGACCCUGCUAUUAAGAGGCUUUUUCUAAUUUUCAUAUUCAUUAUUAUAUACACAUUUUCUGAGAUGUUCUAACUUGUUUUAUGGUCAUUCACAUAGACAUAUUGUGAUUAUUUUUGUGAUUAAAAUUACAGAACUAUA